UUUCAAAAAUUACGAAAAACCCAUCCCCCGCCUAAAGUCUAAAAUCUCUACUCUCUCUCUCCCCCCCCUUAAUCUCAACGGUCCUCAUUCACUCUCUCUCUCAUCUCUCUUUUCUCUCUCAUUACCUCAAUUUUCUCUUCCCUCCAAUUCCCAACCCCACUUCCCGAUAAUUUUCUUCACUCCUUUGUAGAUCUGCGGCGGCGGCGGCGGCGGUGGUGACGGCGACGACUUCAUGGCGGCUCUGCCAUCUUCUUCUGCUUUACCGGAUUCUUCUUCCUCCAGACACCAUACUUACAGUAGAAAGCAGAAAUCCCUUGGUCUUUUAUGCUCAAAUUUUUUGAGCUUGUAUAACCACGAUGGAGUUCAUUCGAUCGGGCUUGACGAUGCCGCAUCGCGAUUAGGUGUGGAAAGGCGGCGGAUCUAUGAUAUCGUGAAUGUUUUGGAGAGCGUUGGGGUUCUGUCGAGAAAGGCGAAGAAUCAGUACAGCUGGAAUGGGUUUGGAGCAAUCCCUAAGGCCUUACAAGAUCUUAAAGAAGAGGGCUUAAAGGAGAAUUGCAGUGCAUCUGAUGGUAACGAUUAUGCGAAAGUCUCGGAUGACGAAGAUGAGGAUGAAAGAUUUUCCAAUCCAACUGGAAGCCAGACCUCAACUGCAGCCGUGCCAAAAUCAUCUUCAUCAUCGUUAAAAGCUGCAUCUGCAGACAAUAGAAGGGAAAAGUCAUUGGCGCUCCUGACGCAAAAUUUUGUUAAGCUAUUUAUCUGCAGUCAUGUUAAUAUGAUUUCCCUUGAUGAAGCUGCUAAGCUCUUAUUAGGAGAUGGCCACAAUUCAUCGAUAAUGAGAACUAAAGUAAGGAGGCUAUAUGACAUUGCGAAUGUGCUGUCUUCUAUGAAUCUGAUUGAAAAGACCCAUACAACGGACACAAGAAAGCCGGCGUUUAGGUGGUUGGGAGUGAGGGGUAAAGUCAAGAAUGAGCCCACCGUUCUUCCAGAGUCCAGAAAAAGGGCAUUUGGAACUGAUGUAACAAAUGUCAGUUAUAAGAAGACUAAGGCUGAAAGUUCAGCCUAUCAGGGUUUAAAUCAUUGCCUCAACAUGCAAAAGCUAGUGCAGUGCGAGAAUUCUUCGCAAGAGGAUAGCCAGAAUAGUCAGGAUCAGGAAUGUGAACGAACUUCCAAGAGCUAUCAAUUUGGACCAUUUGCUCCAGUAACGGUAGCUAAAGUUGGUGUCUCAGACAAUAACAAUGCGAAGCGGACUCAUGACUGGGAAAGCCUUUCCUCAACAUUCCGUCCUCAGUAUCACAAUCAAGUUAUCUCCUUUCCCCUUCGGUGUUCAAUGAAAUAGGCGAUUUUGCCUUUGUUGAAAAGUUUCUGGAUGCAAUUCUUGUGAAAGUAAAUGAAUGCAAAGAAAAAUUCCAAAUCAGAGAAGUUGGCUUAUCGAUUCUGGAUGAUCUUCUGGUACUUGUUCUUUAUCUAAGGCUUGCUGUUUGUUUCUUCCACUUGCUUCAUUCCAUAUAAUUUCUGAAGUCCCACAGGAUUCUUUUCCUUUUCAUCCUGCUGAACUGUCCUGGGAAAAUAAAUUUUGGAGAAAUCAAGAGAAAAUAGAUGGCAAUGAUUAGUGGAAUGAUUCUCUAACAUCACUCGUAUGAAUUUUAGAUUUGAACUUUUAAUCUUUCUAAGGUUAUUGACAUGACCUUACUUAAACAGAUCUGUUCUAUAGGUUGUACGAUUGUAUCUUUGAGUUUUAAAGGAAGGUUAUUGAUGUUUUGAUUAGUUAAAUCAUGUUUAAAUCGGCUUAGAUGAAUCGGUUUAAUUGAAGAAAUGCUGAGAUUGAAAUGAAACAAACAAUUGUUACUUCCAA